GCCCCCAUCCGAGUGGCAGUGUAUUUUCUUCAUACUAUUAUUUGAGUCGAGCGGUUGCGCUGCGUUACACUUGUAACUAUUAUUUGAACGCGAAUAAGCGUAUGAUGGUUCCGCAGUCUCAGUUGCAGUUGCAUCUAUCUACCUACCGUGAACUUAAUCACUCGAAAUAUAUGUUUUGUGCGUAAAAAUACAACACACAUCUAUAAAUAACAACAAACGCCUGAGAAAAACCAAUCAAAUAUUUCAAGAAACCAAAAGGCAAAAAGUGAAACUUGUGCGUGCGUUUUGUGCCGCUAAAAUGUGAACAACAAAUAGCAGUGCAAAAAUUGUUUAAAAGUUAACAGAAUAAAUACUCCGUACAAAGAUCCCGCUGGCCACUGAAACUGAACCAAACACCCAGGUCUAAUUGGAUUUGGUGCGCAAAUUGUAAAAUAUCCGACAGCAGCAACAACAAAACCAAAGCGCAACCUGUAGCUUUGGCUUUGAUUUUGGCUUUGGCUUUGACUUUGCAUUUUGGAUUUGCCUUUUGUGUAUGCUGUGAGGAGCGUAAGGCGGAAGCCAAUUGAACCCGAACAAAUGCAAUUGUUUCAAACAUAAAGCUGCAGGCACUUACCAGCGUUGAGCCGCGCUUUUACCUGUUCAACAACUAAUCAACCGUUAAAAAAAGGAGAAACAAAAGUCAGCCUACUACAGCUAGCAGCCAGCAGCAACAAAAUGUGGUGGUGCAUUGUUAACCUGCCAAACGGCACACAACAGGCCGUCAAGUGGGAUCCAAAAGCGAAUGGACAGGAGUGCCUAGAGAAGGUCUGCCUCGCCUUGAACAUCAUCUGCGAGAUGGAAUACUUUGGCCUCGAACACUGGACGCCCAACCAGAAGGAGACGCAGACGCGUCAGUGGAUCAAUCUGCGGAAUCGCCUGUCCUGCGACAGCGGCAGCAGCGGCAGUGGCAUUCAACUGAUGCUGGCGCUGCGCGUCAAGUUCUGGGUGCCCGUGCACUUCAUCCUGCAGGAGAGUGUGCGCAAUCUGUUCUACAUGCAGGCACGUCGCGACCUGCUGGAGGGACGACUCUCCGCCAGCGACUGGAGCAAUGCGGCCAAGCUGGCGGCGCUGCUCUGCCAGGCGGACGGACUGCGCUUCAAUGAGGCGGCGCUGAGGGCCGACUGUCCCAUGAGGAUGCGCCGGGAGUUGGCGCAGCAGCAGCUGCAGCAGCAGCAGGCACAGCAGCAGCGGCACGAGCAGCAGCGGAAGGAGAAGGAGCACGUGCUGAGCUUCAAGAAGCGUCGCCUGUCCAAGCAAAAGUCCAUGGAGCACAUUGAGAACUGUGCCCUGCCGCUGGCCGCGACCAGCUGCAGCCUGCAGCCCUCACCCUCCACCUCCACCUCCGCCAACACAUCCCACACCUGCUCCUCCCACACCCACUCCAACUCCAGCUCCAGCAGCCCCAGCAACAGCAGCAGCCAGACAGGACUCGACGAGCGUCUGGCCAGCAAUCCCCUGCGCAUGUACGAGGAGUACGUGUUCCUGCCCAGCCACGAGACCAGCGGCGAUGCGGCCUCUGUGCCGGAGCCACCGGCGGACUACCUCAGGCAGAUUGCCACGGAGCACGGCAAGCUGGCCAAGCUGCAGAUGAGUCCCAAGUCGGCCAAGUACUGGCUGCUGCAGUCCAUCCAGGAUCUGCCCGGCUAUGGGGAGGAGCUCUUCAGCGGCGUCACCACCAACGAGAGUGCCACACGCUGCGACAUUGCUGUGGGCGCCCAUGGCAUCACCGUCUGUCGUGGGGGUGAGAAACAAAGCAUCCCCUUUGGCGCCAUUGCAGCCGCCAAGUCGCUGAGGCGCACCUUCAAGCUGGAGUAUGUGGACGAUCACAAUGAUCGCAAGGAGCUGGAGAUUAAGCUGCCCAAGCAGCCAAUUGCCGCUGGCCUCUACCGCUCGAUAACCGAGCGCCACGCCUUCUACGUGUGCGACAAGGUGCGCGGCGUGGUGACGAAUCAAUUUACGAGGGAUCUCAAGGGCACCAUUGCCUCCAUGUUCAAGGAGGACACGGAGCUGGGCAAGCGCUAUGUCUUCGACAUUCAGCACACGUGCCGCGAGGUGCACGAUCAGGCGCGCAGGAUUCUGCAUGAGCGCGGCGGCGAUGCCGCUGUUCGGGCUGAGGCGGCUGAUGGUGCUGUUGCUGCCGCUGCCGCUGCCGCAACUGCCGUUGGUGCUGGGGCGGGCAGCAGUUGUGGCGCUGGUGGCGGCUCCAUGGCCGGCAAGAUAGAUUUGGCCAUACGCGAGAAGGAGGCGCGUGAGGCGGCGAUUGAGCGCUGCGUGGACACGCGCAUAUCCGAGGCGAUGCAGUGCAAAAUCUGCAUGGAUCGCGCCAUCAACACAGUGUUCAAUCCGUGCUGUCACGUGAUUGCCUGUGCCCAGUGUGCCGCCAGGUGCAGCAACUGUCCCAAUUGCCGGGUAAAGAUCACCAGCGUGGUCAAAAUCUAUCUGCCACCGGAGCUGCGCACCAGCCAGUCGGAGUGCGUCAGUGGCGGCAGCAACACCACCAACAGCCACAGUCAAAGCCAAAGCGAAGUGUCCCAAGAGGCAGAGCUGCAGCUGGAGGAGAUCUCAGUGGCGACAGCGACAGCGACAGCGACAGCUGGCGGAUCGGCUGCACCUGUGGCAGGUGUGGCUGAGCCUGGUGGCGGUCAGGCCAAGGUGACAACGGCCGCCUAGAAUUGGUUGUGCUCGCUGCUGUUCCGGCUGAUGGAAUGGAUGUGCGUGCCGAUUGUCUGAGAAUCAUCCAAUGACCAUCCACUAAGACCAUAAUCUAGAGGGAACAACAAAUCAAAAUCAAAAUCAAAAUCAAAAAUCAAAAAUCCCACAACCAAAAAAGCGAAUCAACAAACCCCGAAGGGGCAAGAACAGAAGUGGGAGAAACUCUGUCAGAGAACAAUCUUAGCUAUGUAUCUUUACUCAAGUAUUCUAUGGACAUAAGUAAACUGAAAGUUGUAACUCUUAACUGUAAACUGUAGGCCAUAGCUUUAGGAAUCGAUCUGUAUACCUGUCUGUUUUAGCCUGUAGAAACUCUAUAAGGAAAAGUGCUAUUUAAAACUCGUCUAAGACUUCAAAUGCCUCUAUGCCCUAUGCCUAGAAUAACUGCAGAUUGUUUCAUAUACACCCCUAAGUAUACCAUAUACUAAUGAACGAUCGUUAUAGAUCAGCGAUACCUUUUACCUUUAUAUGAUAUAUAGAUAUAGAUGUCUAAUCGCUACUUACAUCGGUUACUUACUAAUGCCUAGACAUUUUAGUAUUUUCCCCAAACGAACCAUCCCCCCACCCCAAAUCCAAACCAUACACCCACAGCAAACCCAAUCCAAUGAAUUCCCAAAUUCUCAUGCAUGAAAACCAUACCUUAUGUAGGGCAUAUUCUGAGUGUUGUGUCUGUGUGUGUAUAUAGGACAAGCGUACAAUAAUCGCAAAUCUAAGGAGCAAACAAGAAAUACUAGUACUAAGUACCUGCAA